GUAGCAGCGAGCCCCGAGGCCGAGGACUAGAGGACGAGCGACAGGACGGAGAGUUAUUCGGGGGUUGGCAUAUUCCGCUUUGGGGGGGUAGGGGAGGACAUACUCACUGACAGCCCGGCGGCGAGGUUGGGCCUGUAACCUAUCACCCAGGAAAACAUGGAACUGGAGAAUAUCGUGGCCAACACGGUUUUGCUGAAAGCGAGAGAAGGGGGCGGCGGAAACAGAAAAGGAAAGAGCAAGAAAUGGAAGCAGAUGCUCCAGUUCCCCCACAUCAGCCUCUGCGAAGAACUACGGCAGACCAUAGAGAAGGACUACCACAGCCUGUGUGAGAAGCAGCCAAUCGGACGCAAGCUUUUCCGCCAGUUCUGCGACACUCGGGCGGAGCUGAGGCGCUGCAUUAAAUUCAUGGACGCUGUGGCAGAGUAUGAGGUCACCCCUGACGAGAAGAGGAGGGAGUGCGGCCAGGAUGUGAUAAACACAUACUUCAACCCAAAGUCGGAAGACCAUGUUCCCGAGGUGACGGAGGACAUGGCGAAUGAGUGCACGCAGCGGCUGGAGGAGGAGGCCUGCAAGGAGCUCUUCAAGGAGUGCACCAAGCUGAUCCACGACUACCUGAGCGUGGCUCCCUUCGCUGACUACCUCGACAGCAUGUUCUUCAACCGCUUCCUGCAGUGGAAAUGGAUGGAGAGACAACCAGUCACAAAGAACACAUUCCGGCAGUACAGGGUGCUGGGGAAGGGAGGUUUUGGAGAGGUGUGUGCGUGCCAAGUCCGGGCCACGGGAAAGAUGUACGCCUGCAAGAAGCUCGAGAAGAAGAGGAUCAAAAAGAGGAAAGGGGAGUCCAUGGCGCUGAACGAGAAACAGAUCUUGGAAAAAGUGAACAGUAGAUUUGUGGUCAGCCUAGCCUACGCGUACGAGACGAAAGACGCCCUCUGCCUGGUGCUGACCCUGAUGAACGGCGGCGACCUCAAGUUCCACAUCUACCACAUGGGUGAGGCCGGGUUCGAGGAGAAGAGGGCCGUCCUCUACGCCGCGGAGAUCUGCUGCGGCCUGCAGGACCUGCACAACGAGAGGAUCGUGUACAGGGACUUGAAGCCUGAAAACAUCCUAUUGGACGACCACGGUCACAUCCGAAUAUCGGACCUGGGACUGGCCGUGUACGUGCCGGAGGGGCAGACCAUCAAAGGCCGAGUGGGAACCGUGGGGUACAUGGCCCCGGAGGUUGUGAAGAAUGAGCGCUACACCUUCAGUCCGGACUGGUGGGCCCUGGGCUGCCUGCUGUAUGAGAUGAUCGAGGGCCAGUCCCCCUUCCAGCAGCGCAAGAAGAAGAUCAAGCGGGAGGAGGUGGAGCGGCUGGUGCGGGAGGUGGAGGAGGAGUACUCCGGAAAGUUCUCCGAGGAGGCCAGCUCUCUCUGUAAGAUGCUGCUGGCCAAAGACCCCAGCGUGCGGCUCGGCUGUCAGGGGGGCGGAGCCACAGAGGUGAAGGCCCACCCCCUCUUCCGUUCCAUCAACUUCAAGCGACUAGAGGCCGGUAUUCUGGAGGCUCCCUUCAUCCCUGAUCCCCAGGCCAUCUACUGUAAGGACGUGCUGGACAUAGAGCAGUUCUCCACUGUGAAAGGCGUGGAGCUCGAGCCAAAGGACGACUCCUUCUACACCAAGGUCUCCACGGGCAGCGUGCCCAUCCCCUGGCAGAACGAGAUGAUUGAGACGGAGUGCUUUAAGGAGCUCAAUGUGCUCUAUCUGGACGGGACGGUCCCCCCCGACCUGGACUGGAGGGGUCAGCCGUCGCCCCCACCCAAACAGGGGCUGCUGCAGAGGCUUUUUGGAAGACAGGAGUGCUGUGGGAACUGCAGCGACAGCGACGAGGAGCCCACAAGGAUUUGAGGCUCUGGUGCCAGAGCAUCCCCCCAUUUGUUUACAAUUUUUGCACAUUUGUAUUUUUAAGAUAGUUCUAUAUAAAUAUGGGAAUGUAUAUUUUCAGUAUAUAGCCAUACAGUAAAUGUUAUUUAAAAAGAAAAAAAAAAAAGGUCAUGCUAACGUCAGUCUGCUCACCUGAGAUUUGGCCAACAGCAGGUAGGCCUGAUUCUCACCCGCCCCCCCACCCCCCAUCCCUGUGCCGAUGCACUCUGUACUUUUUAACAAUUUUUUUUUUUUUUUUUUUAAUAAUCCACCCCCUCUAGAACUUCAUGCUCACUCGAUUUACUGUUUUAAAUCACUAGUACAUGACAACGGAAGGAAAGUAAUUUAGUGAAUUUCCCCAAAGUACGACCGAAUCUUUGAGAAGAACUGAACAGCUAACAGGCAGUGAUUGAGCACGAGGCUUCGAGCCACUCAUCAUGAUUAUUUAUUAUUUCUGUUCAGAUGGAAUUUAAUGAGUAAAACUUAUCAUCGCCUGAAAUAUUCUGUGAAACAGAAUUGGGGGAUAAAAACCCCAUUCGUUUAAAUUACGCAGACUCCUUUCGCUGAUUGCAGCAACAUUGUGUUCAUGUGUUAAUUUGUAGAUUUUUUAUUCAGUUCCUGACAGUUGCGCUUUUUUUAUGAAAAUGAAAUGUGAACAAAAAGCCUAAAAGGUCUGCCGGACUGAGAGGGGUUCAGCGGGUCCUCCCGGACUGAGAGGGGUUCAGCUGGUCCUCCCGGGCUGAGAGGGGUUCAGCGGGUCUUCCCGGACUGAGAGGGGUUCAGCUGGUCCUCCCGGGCUGAGAGGGGUUCCGGGUCAUUCUGCGCCAGUAUUGCGUCCCCUCUGCUGAGCUGCAGCACGGAGAGCAUUAGGGUUCGAGGCUCGGACUCCGCGAUAGAUAGGGUUUGAGGCUCGGACUCCGCGAUAGAUAGGGUUCGAGGUUUGGACUCCGUGAUAGAUAGGGUUCGAGGCUCGGACUCCGCGAUAGAAACUCAAACACAACGCAGUACUGCACAUGUAUGUACACACCUUUAGCAUGCUGUAUGUAACACGCAUCGUUAGCGCCCUGAAUUUUGGGAUAGCGAGCGGCAGGACGUUUUUCGCUCUUCACCUUAUGUCUUCCUCAUCCUGUUUCUUCUCUCUGAAUAAUAGAUUAAGGAAGUUUUUUUUUUCCUUCUAAAUUUGGUUAAAGGAGAGAAACAAUAUUACGCCCUCUAGUCAUUUUUCAGAUGCCAAAUGAAACACAGCAGAGCGGAGCAGCGCGUUUUUAGCAUUUGUUAGCAGAGAAUAUUUUUGCUUGAAAAUGAGAUGGCCAGUUAAACUUGCUUUCGUAUUUCACUUGAAACCUUUUAAACCUUUCAUUUACCGAAGCACUUAAGACCAAAAUGAGCUCAUUUUAUUUUAUUUUAUUUUAUUUAGCAGCCUGCAUCUAACAGUGCCUUUCUUUCAAUGUGUUCGGUGUUUGUUUUGCAAGGUGCUGUGUAAUGAUCAUUUCUGUGUCCUUGUGCUAAAGUGGGUAAUCCUGUCGGUCAGCGUAGGGUAGGAGAGGCCUGUCUGUGCUGUCGCUGUGCUGUUACGAUAUCUGUGCUGUAUAAGAGACUUACCCCACAAUCAGGAGCGCACAUUUUAAACUGAACUCUUAUUGUGAUUGGCUGAGCCAGCGGGAAUGGAAGGGGGGCGGGGUUCUGGGGGCGGGGGGGUAGGAAAGAAGGGUUGCUUAGAUGAUGGAGACCCUACUUCACACAGAGACGAAUGCCUGUCAUUUCAUUUUUCAUCUGUAAACAGAUUUAUGUCCUUCCUUCUCAGAUUAACUUUACUACAUUCCAGUCUAUAUUGUACAGUGUAAAAUUAUUCUAAUUUUAAUUAGCAAUAAUGGAUUUUGUAUAUGUAAAAAUAAGGAUAGCGCGAGACUGAGCUUAUUUUCACUUUGUGAUGUGUUUCCCGAGCCAGGCUUUAACACUGUGAGAGGAGAGCAGGCAUUUCAGCCACUGCUGUGUCAUUUACGCUUGCCAUGCACUGAUGUUUACGCGUGUGUGAGAGUGUGUGUGUGCGAGUGUAUGUGUGUGAGAGUGUGUGUGCGUGCACGUGUGUGUGUGUGAGAGUGAGAAUGUGUGUGCAUUUGUGUGUGUGUGUGUAUGUGUGUGGAUGUAUGUGUGUGCGUAUGUGUUUGUGUGUGUGUGUGUAUGUGUGUGUGUGUGUGUGCGCGCAUGUCGGGUGUGUGCGCAGUACUGUAUGUGCCUCUGGGUCUGUCCCAGGUGAAAAGGCUGCUGGGUAGAAGGGAGAUGGUGGCUGUCCUGUGAGCAGAGAGAGCGGGGUUUCCCCCCCUGAGGGACAGGGACUAUAAGCACAAAGACACGGGUUCCUCUGGUACUGUUCCGCGGGUCUGUCGCGUUACCGGACUGCGCUCCCUGUGCCUGACUGAACGGAGCGGGUGACUGAGCGCGGGACGAGUCCCGGCUUCCCUUUAAACGCCAGGCCGUGUCCCGGGGCAGAGCCAGACCACGGUAGCUGGGUUUCCUCGCUCUGGCACCCAGCUGGGAAAAAUGAUUGUUCCGUUGUCCCAGCGCGGUGGCCUCCUCCGAUGCGGAAGUGGCGCUGAUUGGUUUUCUGACCGCUCUUCCGCGUUUUCCAGGAAUAUAGCGGUGACCUGCUGACCAGCGGCGCUUGUGUUUUUAAAACGGGGAUUUGAGCGCUGGACUAACUCUCAGAUCAGGUCACAUCCGUUAAUCAUUCAGGGGCUUUUCAGUCAAAUUCCUUUGGCCUUGUGUUCGUUACAUUUGCAGAUUCCGCCAUUUCACUGUUGUUGUUUAUUUUAUUAUUUAGUUUUCUAAUCCUAGUUUGUAAAUAAAAAAGCAUUCUGGGUGAACCUCCCGCCGGUGUAAAAAUAUAAUGGGUCCCCGAUCGUCUGACAUCGCGUGCACUGCUGCAAUAUUAUACAAAUACAUGGAGUCUACCUGUCCGUUAAUGGAGGCUUUUAAGUUGGCUGCAUGGCUGUAGGAGUAGGUUCCUAUUAUAUCUAUUUAUGUCAUUGUUUUUUAAAAAUAUUUUCUAGGAUUGUGAUAAUUUGUGGGCACAUCCUCCCGCUUGCAGGCCAGUAAAACGCUGGUUGUUUGUUUUGGCGUAUGACACCGAACACAUCCCUCUCCCCCUUUGGGCCCGUUUAUAUCUUGCAGGUUAGUUGACCAGACCUCACUGCUCAUUAAUGCGUGUGUAUUAUUAGAAAAUCGAGCAGAAAGUAAUUGGCACCUAAUGCUUUCACGCCACUUUGGAAUGAAGUAAGAAAAUGGCAGUAAGUUGUCUACCUGUCAGGCUUCCUUCCAGUGAGUGCAGGUCUGUACAGGGAGGAGAUUCUCCCUGCCCACCGGCAUCAUGCCCAUCCCCUCACACUGUAUGCUAGCCGCAUGGUCAGGCUUGUGAUUUACCGAUUCUGUUGUGAAUGAUUAGAUAAACAUUUUGUUCCUGAGCCAGAUUGGGAGUUGGUCCCAGAGACCGGCGUACCACUCCUGCUCUUUACCCAGAGUGCAGUGCAGCGGUCAUCCCACGCAGUAAUUGGGUUACACAACUCGCUCUGAUGGUGCGCAGCUGCCGAUAACGAGGUAAAUAAUUACCCAGCGGAUAUUAUUCCAAAAUUUGUGUAACCUUUCGGCGGCUUUGGCUCCUCGCGUUAUUGCAUGUGGCCAAAAAGCAGUAUUACCCAGCAUGCUUUUCCUGACGUGACCGCGCGCUUGGCUUAUUGCUGCCGCUCUGGCGCUGUUUAAUAUCGGAGAGCCCGUUAUCCUCUCAUUACUGUGUGUCGCCCUCAGGGAGUCAUUUCUGAAACCACUUUCGUGCGAUCGCUGAGUCUUCACCCCACUGAGAGGAGGGGUGUGGUUUUUUUUUGUGUUGUGUUGGCAUUGUCCCGGUGGCCCGUACGGCGUUCCCACGCGUGUACCCUCCUAACGCCCAGACUGGCUCCCACAGUCCAGCCCACCGCUGCUCGCUUUGUCCCCGAGUUCUAGUGAUGGAGUUUAAACCGGGUUUGAGCUGUCCCCCCCUCGUGCCCCCACGCCGCCUCUACGCCAGCCGCUGAACCCUCUGCGGAACGUUCCGGAAAAAAACCCGGAAAGGCUCCCUGAUGAAGAGCCAUUCAGAGGUGGGAUCAGCGCGCUGGGGCUGUUUGUGAAUGGACCUCAGGUCCUGAUGAAGUUCAGAGGUAGGAUCAGCGCGCUGGGGCUGUUUGUGAAUAGGUCCUGAUGAAGAGCCAUUCAGAGGUAGGAUCAGCGCGUGCUGGGGCUGUUUGUGAAUGGACCUCAGGUCCAGAUUCAGUGUCCCACAGUAAGUCCGUUGCCUGGUAGUUAUUUAUCCCGUUGAGUCAGUUACAUGAGCCACAGACCCCCCACAGAAGGUGGAUAUUUUUACAGGGUGGUGUUGGGUGCUUGUCCCUCUACUGUGGAAGAGAUUGCUACUGUGAUCCUUAUGUCCGUAUAAUUAGUUGGCAUAAAUAAAUCUAUAAUAACAGGCGAUUUGACCUCCAGUAUAAGACAGGGCCUUGGCAACACCAGACUGCUACAAGUUGGUCACCUGUCCAGGUGUGUUUCUGAUCGAUUGUGCUUCUCCACUCAUGGAGUCUAGAAUAUGUGUCUAAAGCUGAGAGAGCUUUGCCAAAUGCGUGUAUCAGAGUUUGGAAAAUGUAGUUUGGGGAGGGGGGGGGGUGUCAAAGUAUUUGUACCAAUACCAUCAAUUCAGAGCACCAUCAACUUCGUAGCUCGAUCACGUGACUGAAUCUGUCGGAACAUUUGGUUGUUGCUUUCGUUUGUUUUAUUUGCUGUUUGCAGCAUCAUCUGUGAAAUGUCUCUGUGCGCUUGGUUAGGUAGGGACCUGCUGAUGUAAUCAUAAUGCAUAUGAGGUCUAUAUGUAUUUCUGUAUACGGAUAUGAGAACUGCCCGAUUCUCAUCAGCUUGUGAAACUCAGUGCCAUUGAGGUAUUUUUUUUAAUGUGUUUAUAAUUUUUUUCAGUUUUGUUUUUAAUGCCUCUUUUUGUGACGUUGAGGGGGGGGAGGGGGGGGGUUAGGUGAGGUGAUGUACGUCCUGCACGUAUAAAACUGGAAUCUCACGCACAUGCUCAGUCUCCUCUCUCAGCCUGAUGAUGGUAAUGUGCACUUUGUGUGGAUAACAGUAACUCGUGUGCCAUACGGUUGUCCAACUGCCAGUGAAAGUCGACGUGUUACGCGUCGUAAGAUUAGCUAGUUUGGGUCCGCGAUGUCAAAUACAAGCAAAGUGUUUUUUCAUGUGGAGCAGGGGUGUCAGACUCCAGUCCUGGGGGGUCGCACUGCCUCCUGGUUUUCAAUGAGUUUCAGCAAGAGAUUUAUUUUGGUCACUGUUUGAGUUAAGAUUCCACAUACCCUGUUCUCAAUGCUAAGUGGCUUCAGACUGAAAGAAAACUACAAAUACCUGCAGGCACUGCACUCCCUCCAGGACUGGAGUUAAACCUUCAGUCACAGCGCCCCCUCCAGGACUGGAGUUAAACCUGCAGUCACAGCGCCCCCUCCAGGACUGGAGUUAAACCUGCAGACACUGCGGCCCUCCAGGACUGGAGUUAAACCUGCAGACACAGCGCCCCCUCCUGGACUGGAAGGUGACACCACUGACGCAGAGUGUAUAUCCGUUAUGAGUACACCUCGCUGUUAGCCCCAGCAGUGUUAGUUACCGCCAUCUUUAUGAGGUCCAAUCGAACGCACAGCCUGGCAGCACUCCCGCGGUCCUCUACCAUGCCGUUCCAGAAGGGGGCAGUGUUGACACCACAGAGUACUCUGUAUAACAGGUUAAUUAAGGACACUGCUGCAGCAUGUGCUGAGUGUGAAUGGUGCCCCCUGGUGGCCGUGGUGGUGAUAACUAUGACAUGAAUAACUGCAGUGUUCUGUUCCUCUAUACAUCUCUCUCCAUCUCUCCAUCUCUCUCUCUCUCUCUCUCCCCUGUACCCUGGACUCUUCUCUGCUUCCCGUCUGUCUCCGUAUGUGCCUGUGAAACUCUACGUUCACUCUGGCCUUCUGUGUAACUUUUCAGUUUGAAAAUCUAUAUUUUUUUGCAUAAGCACUGUACUUCAAUAAAUAAUGUUUUGUUUGGUUA